CACCCCGACCGAACGGAAGUGCGAGUCAUGGAGGAGCUGACGGCGUUCGUGUCCAAGUCGUUCGAGGCGAAGAGCAAAGAGAGCAGCAAGGAGGCCAUCACGUACCGGGAGGUUCUGGAGACCUCCGGCCUGGGCCGCCACGGGAGCCCCCCCGCCGAGCACGACUUGAGCGAGGCCGCGCACUGCCCGCUGCACGUCUACAAGGAGCACGUGGACAUGGACAAGGACAAGCUGAAGGACUUCCACGUCGCGCGGCCCGCAGAAGGCAUCUUCGAGUGCGGCAAGGACAAGAACGGCGGCGGCGGCGGCGGCGGCGGCGGCGGCGGCAAGAAGGACGAGGUCAAGUCGGAGGACGAGGACGCGCAGGGCAAACUCAAGCAGCGCAGGAGUCGCACCAACUUCACGCUGGAGCAGCUCAACGAGCUCGAGCGCCUGUUCGACGAGACGCACUACCCGGACGCCUUCAUGCGCGAGGAGCUCAGCCAGCGCCUCGGCCUCUCGGAGGCGCGCGUGCAGGUUUGGUUUCAAAACAGGAGAGCAAAAUGUCGAAAACAAGAAAACCAGAUGCACAAAGACAUCUUUCCCUUCUCUCCAGGGGUGAUCUUGGGCGGCGGCAGCCACCUGGACGCCUGCAGGGUGGCGCCCUACGUCAACAUGGGCGCCCUCCGGAUGCCCUUCCAGCAGGUCCAAGCGCAGCUCCAGCUGGACGGCGUGGCCCACUCCCACCCCCACCUGCACCCGCACCUGGCCGCCCACGCCCCCUACCUGAUGUUCCCGCCCCCUCCCUUCGGACUACCGAUCGCCUCGCUGGCCGACUCGGCCUCGGCGGCGGCGGCGGUGGCGGCGGCCGCCAAAAGCAACAGCAAGAACUCCAGCAUCGCCGACCUGCGACUCAAGGCAGGACUUCUGCGGGGCCAGUGGCUCCGCCCCCUCCAGGCACAGCUCACGUCCCAGGGAGCGUACAAACACAUGUGGAUGUCUGUCUGAGGGCCCGGCGCACGCCGAGGACGUUAGCGCCUUUUAAAGCGGCGGGCGACGGGCAGAGUUGAGGACGGUCGGGUCGGGUCGGGUCGGGG